ACUGGAGCAACACCAACGUCGGCGCCAGCAGCUAUGAGCAUGGUGGAAGAGUUGCCGCCUGGAUGGGAUAAACGCGAGUCCAAGUCCCAGCCAGGUCGGUACUACUACGUGUCGCCAGCAGGCCAAACCCAAUGGUUUCCUCCGCGCCGGGUGACCGUGAUGCGAUCUUUCAACUGGCGAUGUGAGAUCGAGAUUGAGUUCGGGCCAGGGCGUCUGGGCGUCAACUUGAAGGAAGUUCCACAGACGACGAACAUCCCAUUCGCCAUGUUUCAGGCGGAAGUCGAGGAACUGCCCAAGCUCCCCGGCGGCAAGCCCGGGCCCGCGGAGAUUUACAACUGGAGCGUGCGGCCGGAACGACGUCUGUACCAGAACAUGCGACUCACUCAAGUCGACGGCGUCGCGCUGGCGGGAUGCAAGUACACGGAAGUCGUCGAGAAGCUCAAGCGCGCCGCCCGCCCCGUCAAGCUCAAGUUUGCGGACGUCGCACAAGGUCUUUUAGGAGAAGGGGAGACGUCAGCAUUAGAUGCCGCGCCCACGUCGUCGUCGUCGUCGGCGCACCCGACCGCGUCGUCGACGGCGAUCGCUCCAUCGUCGGCGCCGCUCUCUGCAUACAGCGUUCAAAAGCAAAAGAAGGAAGAGUACAUGAACUUACUUGUCACGACCGAGCUAAGCAACGAGAUGUGGCGCCUCGAGACGCAGAAAGUGCAGUGGACGUACCGCCAGUUGCGCUUCAAGUGGAAUCUGCUGUCGGCGUCGCUAAGCGAGUUGUUGGAGGCGCAAGUGAAGGCGAAGAAGCAGAUCGAGGCGGCGACGGCGGACAAGGCCAAGUACGACGAGAUGCUUGUGCACCUUCACAAGCAGGAGACCGGCCUCAUUGUCAGUCCCGAGGUCCAGCGGACAAACGAUCUCGGCGCCAAGAACGCCGAACUGACCCAGGACAUCGGCCACAUGACCGCCGGCAACAAGAAGCUGCGGCGGGAGCGCGAUGCCAACCAGCGCCACCUGGACGAGCUGGAUGCGCAGCUCGUACAUGGGUUGAAUCACGCGAUUCCCGACAGUCUGGUGGGGGUGGUGGAUGACAGCAUGAGCACAGAGGUCAAGCUGGCGGUGGUGCGGCAGCGGGUGGCGGCGAUCGAGAUGGAGAUGCGCAAGGAAGAGGCCAAGACGAGGCAGGCCGACGUGGAGCUGGCUCAGCUCAGUAAGGUGUACAACCAGCAGACUGAAGUCAUCUUGGAGUCAUCCCGCGGAGGCAUGUCGGUAUCGCCAGACAUGCGCCGCGCGCCGCGGCCGCCUCCCGUCGUUCAAGACAACCCCAUGUCGGCACCGCCGCCGCCUGUGCCCCAGGACUCGUCGCUGAUGGGUUCGUCGCGCGGCGGGUUCUUCAACCGGUCCAACUCGUCCGACUUGUACGUAACGACGACAAUGUGAUUCCCAUCGUGCUGCUCAUUGAUUGUUGACUUAGUCACACGAGUCCACUGCUCAACGUGCUGCGUCAAGGCCACUUGGAGAAAUUCCCCACGCAUUUCAACCAAGAUGGCGGCGGAAUGCUCAAGUCCAUGCGCCUCAUGCGCGGGGCACGGGAGCGUUGGUGUCAGCUGCAUGCUAGUGGCUCGCUGGUCUAUUACAAAAAGCGCGGGGACCCCGUGCCCCGAGGAGAGAUUGCAUUGACGGACCCGACGUUGGAAGUGGUCUGCGAAGCGCUUCUGUACGUUGCACACACAUCCUUCCUUCCGUGUGUGUGUGUGCAUGUUGUUCCUCAUGACUUAUGGAGCAGCAAUGGAUCGUCGAAGAAACCCCCCAAGGAACUCGUGUUCACGGUGAGCACGACCCAGGCGCAGAACCGGUUCCAAGCGAACACGAUGGACGAACUGAGAGAAUGGGUCACCGCCAUCCUGACAUUCCAUAGCGGAUGGAUGAGCACUCGGGUGUCCGUCGGAAGCGAUAGCGGCCACGUUGAGGCGGCGCCCAAAGUCCCCGACGAAUCUUCGCUGCGUCGAGCUGUUGAAUUUUAAUUUAACGUUGGACGUGUUGAGUAAAACGUUAAAACGUACAUGGUUUUUUAAACCACAUUUGAACUGAG